AUGUCCACAGAAAAGACUUUCCUAUUCACCUCCGAGUCAGUCGGCGAAGGCCACCCUGACAAGAUCUGUGACCAAGUGUCCGACGCCGUCCUCGAUGCGUGUCUGCGCGAGGACCCACUCUCCAAGGUGGCGUGUGAGACCGCAGCCAAGACCGGUAUGAUCAUGGUGUUCGGUGAAAUCACCACCAGAGCCCAGCUCGACUACCAGAAGAUCGUCAGAGACACCGUCAAGCAAAUCGGCUACGACUCCUCCGAAAAGGGCUUCGACUUCAAGACCUGUAACGUGCUCGUCGCCAUCGAACAGCAAUCUCCAGACAUCGCUCAGGGUCUGCACUACGAGCAAGCGCUCGAGGAAUUGGGUGCCGGUGACCAAGGUAUCAUGUUCGGCUACGCCACCGACGAGACCCCAGAGGGCCUUCCUCUCACCAUCUUGUUGGCCCACAAGCUAAACAAGGCCAUGGCCGACGCCAGAAGAGACGGCUCCUUGCCUUGGUUGCGUCCCGACACCAAGACCCAAGUCACCGUCGAGUACAAGGAGGUCGCUGGUGCCUGGGUUCCUCUCAGAAUCGACACCAUCGUUGUCUCCGCCCAACACGCCGACGACAUCUCCCUAGAGGACCUACGUUCCGAGAUCAAGUCCAAGAUCGUCCAAAAAGUCUGCCCCGCCGACAUGUUGGACGAAAACACCAAGUACUACAUCCAACCUUCCGGUAGAUUCGUCAUUGGUGGUCCUCAAGGUGACGCCGGUCUAACCGGUAGAAAGAUCAUCGUCGACGCCUACGGUGGUGCCUCCGCCGUCGGUGGUGGUGCCUUCUCCGGUAAGGACUACUCCAAGGUCGACCGUUCCGCUGCCUACGCUGCCAGAUGGGUCGCCAAGUCUCUAGUCGCCGCCGGUCUAUGUAAGAGAGUUCAAGUCCAAUUCUCUUACGCCAUCGGUAUCGCCGAGCCUUUGUCCAUCCACGUUGACACUUACGGUUCCGCCACCAAGUCCGACGAAGAAAUCAUCGAGAUUAUCAAGAAAAACUUUGAUUUGAGACCAGGUGUCUUAGUCAAGGAAUUGGAUUUGGCCAGACCAAUCUACUUGCCAACUGCUUCCUACGGUCACUUCACCAACCAAGAAUACACUUGGGAAAAGCCAAAGGAGUUGAAGCUAUGA